UGCCGCUGUAUUUCGAAGACUCAACUUCACUUACUUUGUAUGUUACUUACAUCCGGUUAUUUCUAGCUUCAAGCAUCAAUUGGGUUUUCUCUUGAGACAACAAAACCUGUCAUUUGAUUAUCCAUUUUCUCUUGCUUUUUUUUUAUCCAUCAUUAGACAAACAAACAUACACACACACACUCUUCCUUUUUCUUUUUUUUUUUUUUGAAAAGUAUUUGCAUAAUAUCAUAUUGCUGGAUAUAAUAUCAUAUUCAGUUGCUUCGAAUCUCAUUGGAAUUACAUUGCAUUGAAUUCUCUUGACUUGUCUUUUUUGAUCCAUUUCUCUUUUCUUUUGGUUUUCUUUUUCAAAAAUGGCUACUGCUGAAACGACUCGUGCCGAUCCCUCUACGGCUAUUAUGGAGCCUGAACCCUAUGAAUUUGCUACUAUGCAGAAGGGAAAACAUGUCAGCGCUCUUCUUUCAAAAGAUUACUAUGGUCAACCCAUUGACGAACCUGAUGUAAGUAAUCCUACCCGUUGGAAGUAUGAGCGUCCACUCGACACUGUCCGUGCAUGGCAAUUCUUAACCGAUAAUGAUGAAGAAUCCCCAAAACCACACUUGGACCCCGAACAUAAACAAUACCACCCUACCGCAGAAUCAUUCCGUCCUCUAUCCUUUGCAAGCAUGGAACAGAGAUUUUCACAACGUUUGUCGAAAAGUCUUUCUCGAAGGCUUUCAAAAGCUUCGUCUCGUCACUCUAGGCUUUAAGGCUUGAAGCAGUUGGUACUAUCCUUUUCUGCUUUUUUCUUUUCUUUUUUUUCCUUUCACUUUGCAUAAACCUUUUUUUUAAUCAUCAAUUCCUUUUGUUUUUCGUUUUCUUUUCCUCCCUCUUCACUUUUUCAACGGUUUUUGUCUUUUGUUUUUUUUUUUUGUUUGUAUUUUUAAUCUUCUUGACCUUAAAGAAUUAUGAUUUUUUUCUUCCUUACGAUAUCGAAAUGAAAUUGCAUUGUAUCUCAUGAAUUCUUUCCAUAAAUGGAUUUACAAACCUGUAAAUUUCUC